CACAAACUCAUGCUAAUGAGCAGCUGAUUGCGUGUCUCGAGACAAGUUUUUCGCAUGAUAUAUUUGAACUGAAUGACAUAAAUAUUAGUAUGUUCUUUGCUCACAGCAUGACAUUUAUUUGUUGAUUCUUAUAAUUCAUUAUUUUCAUAAGUGUUUCCAAGAUGAGUGUUUUCACGAUACUUACAAAAUUAUCCAUCAGCAUGACAGCAGAAAGAUGUUAUUCAAAAAUCGGAUUCAUCGGAUUGGGUAAUAUGGGCGGUCACAUGGCGAAAAACUUGCUGAAGAAAAAUUAUAAACUCACUGUAUAUGACAUAAAUAAUUCGGCGAUGACGAAUUUAAUGGAAGCGGGAGCAAGUUGUGCGUUAAAUGUGGCUGAAAUAUCGAAGGAAGCUGAUGUUAUCAUCUCAAUGUUACCUUCAAAUCAGCAUGUCCUUGAUAUCUACACUGGCAAGAAUGGCGUGCUUAGUGCAGCACAAAAGGAUGUUCUACUGAUCGAUAGCAGUACCGUAGAUCCAUCAGUGUCUCAAUUUAUUGCCUUGCAGGCUCGUGAACAUAAUUUGAGAUUUAUCGAUAGUCCUGUUUCGGGAGGCGUAAACGCAGCCAAGGAUGGCACUUUGACAUUUAUGGUAGGCGGCAAGGAAAUGGAUUUUAAUGAUGCGAAACCCAUUCUUGAAGCUCUGGGAUCUAGAAUAGUACAUUGCGGUGACGUAGGCAUGGGACAGGCGGCUAAGCUGUGUAACAAUAUGUUAUUAGCCAUCGGUAUGAUUGGCACGGCUGAAGCAUUUAACCUUGGGCAGAGGCUAGGCUUAGAUGCUAAGAUAUUGGCGAACGUUGUAAACUCUAGCACAGGCAGAUGCUGGUCUUCUGAUCUGUAUAAUCCAGUUCCGGGAAUUCUACCUAAUGUUCCUAGUUCGAAGAAUUAUGAGGGCGGUUUCGGCACAACAUUGAUGGCCAAAGAUCUGGGAUUGAUACAAUCCAUCGCGACUAGAACGCAAACUGCAAUUCCUCUUGGUUCCCUGGCGCAUCAGAUUUAUACAGCGAUCAUCGCUCAAGGAUUCUCAAAUAAGGAUUUCAGCGUAAUCUAUCAAUUCCUUAAAGGUAAAAAUUGAUAAAACUUAUACUAUAAGCCUUAUUAAAUAUUUUUAAAUGUAUCGACUGAA